CGCGAUGCUGGCGCUGAGCUCGGCCCGCCGCCUGGGGCUGCUGCUGCUCUCGCGGGGCCAGGCGGGCUCUUCGGCAGAGCUGCCGGUGCUGCGGCUCUCCUCCGCCCCCCUCGGGCCCGCCCGCCGGCCCUGCAGCAGCAGCAGCGGCCAGCGCAGCGACGACGACGACGACGACAGCAACCCGGUGGUCUACAUGGACGUGGGCGCCGACAACCAGCCGCUGGGCCGCGUGGUGCUGGAGCUGAAUGCUGAUGUGGUGCCAAAAACAGCAGAAAACUUUCGAGCUCUCUGCACAGGCGAAAAGGGCUUUGGCUACAAAGGAUCUACCUUCCACAGAGUGAUUCCUUCUUUCAUGUGCCAGGGUGGCGACUUCACCAAUCACAAUGGCACCGGUGGCAAGUCCAUAUACGGCAGCCGAUUUCCUGAUGAAAACUUUGAACUGAAGCACAUUGGGCCAGGUGUCCUCUCAAUGGCCAAUGCAGGACCCAACACCAAUGGUUCUCAGUUCUUCAUCUGCACAGCCAAAACUGACUGGCUAGAUGGAAAGCAUGUUGUCUUUGGCUAUGUGAAGGAAGGGAUGGAUGUUGUGAAAAAAAUCGAGAGCUUUGGCUCCAAAAGUGGAAAGCCCUCAAAGAAGAUAGUCAUCACUGACUGUGGCCAGCUGUCCUAACAGCAGACGUGCCCCUCCUCUUUGGGAAAUCAUUUCCGAUGUGAAACUGAAUCCAUUCUUAAGCGUUUCUCUCCUGGAUUUUGUACUGAAAAGAAAAUAAACUUCUGAGCCAUCAUCUGGAAGAGUUGAAAUAUUUGGGGACGCUCCGCUUAGUCAGGUCUAAUGUCCAAUUUUGUGCUUUCAACUUAACUGAGUUGUACUGUUUUUAUAUAAGUGCUGAGAACUGAAAGUUUGAUAACUGGAAAAAAUGCAAGAACAAAGGCUGCUAGCAGAAGCCUGUUAGAAAGCCUCCAAGUACCUCAAUCUUCUGCACUGGGAAUUGAGUAAAUGUGUAAAUUCUGAAUUGCGAGAAUCCUAAGUAGCAUAUUCUCAUCUAACUACCUUCAAGGC